AUGGAAACUGGUGUCAAGAAACAUCGAUCGCCUCCCAAAACCACCUGCAGAUGUAUCGUCUACUCUACACUUCGUAAAGCUGCCGUUGCCCCAAGUAGAGGGUCUACCCCAGAUGCUGAGGCCACCAUUGACUUGCCAGCUAACAAGGUACAAUAUCUCAAGAUAGCCCUUGACAAGGUCCAAGAACCCUUUGCCAAGGUUCUUGAGUCAUUAGAUCCAGAUUGGAUCUUCUACGAUUUUGCUCAGUACUGGACCGGGCCAAUUGCGGCUCAACUGGGCAUCAAAAGUACAUACUUCUCUAUAUGCAUUGCAGCGAUGGUGGCCUUUAUUGGUCCGCCAUCGCCCUUGAUCGACGGUGAUGAUUAUCGCAAAAAACCCGAAGAUUUCAUGAUCCCACCAAAGUGGGUAUCGUUUCAGACAACAGUCGCUUAUAAGUACUAUGACAUCAUUAACACAUUUGACUGUGUUGAGGAUGAUGCUUCAGGUGUCAACGACUUGAUGCGUUGGGGCUUGUGUCUACAAUCAUGUGAUUUUAUUGCAGUUCGUUCCUCCUUCGAGAUCGAACCAGAAUGGCUCCAUGUUCUCGAAACUAUCCACGAGAAACCCGUUUUCCCGGUUGGUCAGCUGCCUCCUGUAGAGUACGCAUUAGAAGAGAAAAAUUCAGACGCUUGGAGUUCAAUGAAGAAGUGGCUUGACAUGCAAGAGAAGAGCUCGGUAGUGUAUGUAGCUUUCGGUAGCGAGGCAAAACCAACUCAAGCCCAGCUAACCGAGUUAGCACUCGGUUUAGAGUUGUCUGGUUUACCAUUCUUCUGGGUUCUCAGGACUCGGCGUGGGAUUGCGGAUACUGACUUGAUUGAGUUACCACCUGGGUUUGAGGAGCGAACCAAAGGACAAGGAGUGGUUUGCACAACUUGGGCUCCUCAACUCAUGAUCUUGGCUCAUGAAUCGAUCGCUGGGUUCUUGACUCACUCUGGGUGGAGUUCUGUGGUGGAGGCACUUACGUUUCAGAAGGCGCUCAUACUUCUAACAUUCUAUUCAGAUCAAGGGAUAAAUGCUAGGGUUUUGGAGGAGAAGAAGAUUGGGUACUCCAUACCAAGAAACGAGUUGGAUGGGUCUUUUACUAGAGACUCAGUGGCUGAGUCAUUGAGACUGGUGAUGGUGAGUGAAGAAGGGAAGAUAUAUAGAGACAUGGCUAAGGAGAUGAGUGGUUUGUUUGGUGAUACGGAUAGGCAGGACAGGUACGUGGACAACAUUUUGAUUUACCUAAAAAGUCAAAGACCGGUCAAGAAAGCCAAGAGUCAGUGCUAGCCUGUAGCUUGCCCACAUAAACAGUGAAAUAAGAUUGUU